GUCAGUUACUGCCUCUACACUAGCACUGCACUGUACAACUCAGUAUUAACACAGAAACAAGGGAGCAUCAACUGAAUGUAACACAGUCUCACAGAAAAGCCUCAUUUGACCCUGGAACAGAAAACAAGACAAGAGGAGGAGUAUAAGGAAGAGGAAGACUAAGAAAGACAUUUUACAGUACCUGCUGAAGCAAAGAAGUAGAAGAAGUCUGUGACUGCUGCUUGGUGAAAAUGAUCCUGUGGCUUACCUUACUGGUGUCUCCCUGCAUUUUUAGUCAGACUUCAGCAGCAGCAGAGAACACCAGACUGGAAAGGAUAGAAAAAUGUUCCACCAGAUGUUCACAGGGCCUUAACUGCAGGACCAGGUCAAUGUUUUUGCUUCCUGAUCCAUGCCAAAAUCCCCCUGAAGGUUUGAACAUGUCAUCUGCGCUCCAAAGCGUCAACCUCUCUACUGUAAUGAGGUGUGAAGCGAGGCAGAAAUGCUCCCUUCAUCUUAGAAUACAAAGCCGGUUACAUCUUAAUGAGGCCAUCCAUGGUUUGUCCGUCUGCACAGAGAGCAUAGGGAUGAUCGCAAACUGCCAAAUUAUCAGCUUCACCAAAGCCUCCAGAGAGAAGAUGUUGGGACAGCAGGUGGUGGUGGAACAUGAUUAUACUGAAAUUUUACCAAACCAAGAACUUCAAGUUACAGUGACACCAGUUUCGAGUUACUGCAGCGUACCUUGGACCGGCUCCCAUCUUGCUCCAGGAUGUAUCAAUGAGGAUUUGAGAAGGCACGUCCCAGAAUGCAUCACUGGUAGACUUUCAUAUCAUGUAAACCCUGAGAGGAAGGAGCUGAGUGUCACUGUGUCAGCCAUGUUGGAUGAUUACAACUACUUAGUCCGUCUUUGCCACAAGGCACAUUUCUUCUGCUCUGGCACAGGACCUGUGACAGUGAUAAAGAAGGAAGAAACUGUGAAGAGCAGGACUCUGUCAUAUUCCAGACCUUUGCCUUGCCUCUGCAUCGAGGGAUGGUCUGAUGUGAUGGAUGCACGCAGGGUCCAGGUCUGCCCUUUCAGACACAAUAUGGAGCCACUAUGGUCUGGGAUUAUGUUUGACUCGCUGGAGGGGGCACUGUCAUGGCAGCCAGCUUGUCAUGUAACUGCCGUUGUCACAUUGUGUCAGAAAAAGGAGGGAGGAGACGUGUGCGUGGAUCUGCCCAAUGCCUCCCAGAAUGUUUCCAGGGAAAAGAUAAAAUUUCCUGCGGUGGACCCACACCCCCAGCUGUGCAUGAAGUUCACUGCAGGCUCCCAGUCCUGGAUCAGGUGUCCCUUUACUGAUGAGCGAUUCCCAGAGUGGGAGCUGACUGUGUCAAGACAGGACGGAGUGAGAGUCAUGUCACAGAUCAGAGGGGCAUUCUCUGUGGAGCUUUGUGUGAAGUCUACGUCUGAUACGUGCCACACCACUGACACACGCACUGUGCAUGUGGGGAAACAUAAAUCUGUUGCCUUAAACCUCCCAGAGGGCCUUUUCAAGGACAGUUUUUGUUUACGGGUGAAGAGGAUGGAUGUGAAGUAUGGCGCCACAGUCAGUCACUGUUAUGACGCAUCCAAUCAAUCUUUACCUCACCAACCUUUAAUUUCCACACAAACUGCUGUGGAUUGGACCUGGGUUGUGCUACCAGCUGGUGUUUGCCUCGCCGUCAUCAUAAUUGUCACUUUGGUGCUCCAUGUGAUGUUAACCGUUUAUCAGAGAAAGAAUCAAAAAGGAAAAACACAAGACACUUGUCCCUCUGAAAAGCAAAAAGGUUCUGCUCCUGGCUGUAUAGUCUCUGUAUUGGAAACUCGGUCUGCUCUCCAUGGAGGCGUCCUCAUACCGGAUUCACCAAAGUGUGGGAAAAAUGAGAAGGCCAACUUACUCUCCCACUGACCAAAGAAUAGUAUUCAGGUCAAAAGACUUUGUUGCAAAACUGUAAAGAUGUUACAAAAAAACCCAAUUCUCUGUUGAAUGCUAUUUGGAAUUGUGGGCGACAUAUUUCAAAAGUUAUGUAUGACAUUGUGCUAUUUAGUCGUAUGUUUGUUUUUUGCUCCAUUGGAUGUUGUUAAUGUAUUCAGUGUGCGGGUGAAAGUUAACUUGUGCAUUAUGUUGACAUUAUUAACUUAUAUUCAUUCAGCUUGCAGCUAAAAGGUUACUUACCAUCCAAAUGAAAAUGUCUAUUUUCAAUAAAAAAAAAAUUCAAAACACAUAAGAAAAUUGCAUAUUUUUGGUAUAAUAAUACUUAAUAAUGCCUUAGACACAUAUUUUUAUUAUAAGGCUGUGCUCUGAUGUAUUAUGAAAAGGACAUUUUCUCUUUUUUUUCUUUGACAGUAUGUUGCAGAUCUCAAAUACAAAGACACAUUUCUUUAAAUAUAUUGUCCAGUUCCCAAAACUCAAACAAAUCACACAAAUGUAUAACUACACAUUCCUUUACAUAAACCUCAAACUUUCAUGUCAGAAACAUUACACAUCAUUCACUUCACAUUGAUGCGAUUAACUGAAGAAUAAUUAAUGCACUGCUGCCCUUACAGGUGGAAUAAUGCUGUUUUCAGACACAUUCCUCUUUUUAUUUCCUGUUUAUACACAUCAGUAAUCAUCUUUGACCAGGUGCAAUGAUUACAUAUUGAGUCCAAUUUACAGUUUAUUAAAAAU